AUGGGACCAGCUGCUGCACAGCAAACAACCUGCCUUCUUUCAUGCAUCGAGCUCAAGGAGCUGCAUGAGUCGAGAUGGGCAGGAGACGUGGCAACAACCGAAGAUCCAGAAGAUGCUCGAGAGGUCAAGGACGCGCAGACCGAACAAGAUGCGGAUGUUCUCCGUUUUCAUGGCGCUUUCUCUUUGCCUCCUGUGUGGAUUGAUAGAUUCAGAGGAUCGGCAUUUUCCUGCGAUGAUCACACUCAGACAAAGACUAUCUUCCCCGAUGACGAGCAUCAUACCAUCGUCGAUGAAGGCAAGGUGUUGGACCUGAUUGAUGCCAAGUACUUCGACAAGACCAACCCCUUGGGCCCCAAAGACAGCGCGGAGAGGCAUGUUUACAAUGGUGUUGAUAUACAGGAUGUGCGAGCAGACUUGAAGAGUCGAUCAUUCUCUACUCAAAGCGCAGCUUACCAAGAGCUCAAAACACUCUCGAAGUACGACCCCACGGGAAUCGAUUCGCAAGGAUACAUAGCUGGCGUCCGCAUGGGAGACAAAGUUUUAUUCAUCAACCAUGUUGACAUGAGGGGGAAGACUUCAGCAGAUGCGAUGAGAGCCGUCGAGGACACCGGGGACCGGGAAGUCGAGCUAGUUGUCUCCGAGAAGGAGGAGAAAGGCCCUGAGAUGGUCAAGUCGUUCCGGUUGAGGAAGAAGAAAAGCUCGAAAAGUUCUCUGUCAUAUGAGUUGAUAGCAGCCAGCAAUCAGAAAAAGGUUGGUUACAUCCGUCUGAAAGAGUUCGACGGGAGGAGCGGAGGAGACAUGGCGGAUGCUUUGAAGCAUCUUUCAUCGAGUGACCUCCUCCUCCUUGACUUGAGAGGGAACCCCGGCGGGUUGCUUCAAGAGGCCAUCGAGAUCUCCGGUUACCUGCUUGAGAACGUGGAAGGAGAACCAUCCAAGAAAGUGGCCUGGGUGCAGACCAGGGCAGGAGACCUGGAAACCAUCCUCGUUCCCAAUGGCAAGACGAUUGACGCAGAGACGCCUUUGAUCGUCGUCGUCGACCGCAGGACGGCAUCAGCGAGUGAGGUCCUUACCGGCUCCUUGCAAGACUACUGCCGUGCUUACGUCAUUGGAAGCAACAAGAGGAGCUUCGGAAAAGGGCUUAUCCAAGGAGCUUUUCCGCUUUCCGAUGGCUCCGGCCUCAUGCUGACAAUUGCCAAGUACUUCACGCCUGACUUCCAUGACAUCCAAUCGCAGGGGAUCCGUCCUGACGAAACAGCCAACCUGAUGAGCCUCAGAGCUUCCUUGGCUAGCGGAGGUCUCAUCCCUGACUCUGACGCUCUUAAGGACAACAUGGCGGAGUGCAGAGCCAGUAAGACGACCGCGAAGAUGCAGCAGGGCCCAAGACGGGGAGGAGGAUCCUGA